AUGGAGUCAACUAGUAAUCUUCUUCUAUCACAUUCAGUUGCACUCUACAAAUCUGAGACGAAAAACCUACGUGUUGGAUCGUGGGAAGAUUAUCGAAUUCAUAUUCUUAUUUUAGGAGAUAUCCAUGGUAAAAAAUGGGUACAUGAAAUUUAUAAAUAUCCUGAACUGUUGAGUGAACUAAAAAAUUUAAAGUGCACUGUAAUUGCGCGCAGAUAUUGGGUCUCCGGGUUUUUCAAAGAUUUCCCCAAAAAAGAUAGAGAACUUCAUGAUUUUAUUCGAUAUAAAUUACUCGGUAACCCGACAGAUAUACGCUAUAUAGAAGAGUAUCCGGAAUUAGAAGUGCAGUUUAAAAAAAUCAUACAAAGAGUUAAUGACAAACGUGCUCAAACAAGUGAAAAAAGUUCAACACAGUGUGAAGAAGAUCUGUUGAAGGAUUUUGAGAAGGCUGAUGAGGAUGAUAUGAUGUUUUUAGACAUUGAAAUGCCGGUAGACGAAAUUGUGAUAAACAAUGAAAUCCCGGUUAAUGAGCCUGAACGGGAAAAUGUACCUCUUGAAAAAAAUGACAUGGUUGACACAGGCCGAGAAUAUGAAACAGCAGCGGCUAUGUUUGCCGAUGCACAGUUGGAGAUAAAAAAAAAUGAACCAAUUGAUGAGGAGUUGGUUAAGUUUUUUGCAGAUCUAGUACAAAGUGCUCUUGAAGAAAAUGGACAGAAAAAACAAAAAGAACGCAGUAAAGAUGACAAUACUGAAAAACAGGGAACAGUAUUACCUAUUCGAUCCGGGAAACACGGAAAAAAAUAAUAGCCGUAGAUGAUGAUGAAGAACACAGUAAAGAUGACAAUACAAAAAAAGAGGAUCCAGUAUUACCUAUUCGAUCCGGGAAACACGGAAAAAAUAAUAGCCGUAGAUGAUGAUGAAGAACACAGUAAAGAUGACAAUACAAAAAAAAGGAUCCAGUAUUACCUAUUCGAUCCGGGAAACACGGAAAAAAA